UCAGGCGGAAGCCGUGCUGUUGUUCUUCCUGUGGAUGCUCGGACUUGCGUGAGUCCCGCGUGCAGCCGUCUUCAGCGCCGUUAAGAUGAUGCUGGAGCCGGGCCGCGUGACGCUGCUGGCGGACAUGGUUCUGAGCUGGAGGCGGCCCGCGGACUCGCUGCAGCCGGUCCACUGCCGCUGCUCCCGGGCCUUUGUGCGGGACAGAGAGCUGUAUCGUUCAGAGAGCAGAACAUCCCGGCCCACAGACGCUAAAGAUCCAGUGAUACUAGAUGAUGAUGAGGAGGAGGAGGAGGGUGAGGAGGUCUUAGAUGAGGAGACGCAGCUGAUGGUGUCCAUGGGUCUGCCUCUGACCUUUUCCAGCUCCUCUGACUAUAAGAGGCUGAAGAGGAACAUCCACAGAGGGCCUGACCCUUUUGAGGAGGAGGAGGAGGAGGAGGAGGAGGAAGAGGAGGAUGAAACAGAUGAGGGACGUGAGAGGGACGCCUGUCAUGGAGCAGAUGUUGAUGAAGAGCGUCAGGGUGACGGCUGGAGUUCGUACUGGGCUCAGCAUGGAGAAGCUCUGCUGUGGAGCAGCUGGUUGGAGAAACAUCCGGAGGGGGCUGAGGGAACAGGCUGUGCUCCGUGGGAUGAUCCAGAAAUGAAGUCUGUGUGGGACGAGCAUGCUGCAGAGAUCUACUGCUCGUACUGGGAGAGAUUCUCCUUCUGGGCCUCGCAGGGCUGGACUGUGGAGACGACAGCCUGUGACGGGAACACCGGUGGAGGAGGCGCAGCUGCUGAGGCAGAAACCCAGCAGGAGGAGCAGCUGAGCGCUCUGUUGGAGGGGAGCUGCACCUUAGCGGCAGACCAGGAGACCAUCAGGCAGAGCGAAGGAGGAAGCCGUCAGCCGGAGGCGGAGCUUGGUGGAUCUGAGCGUCCCUGUGACGGCGGGGGGGACGAGCGGAGACCAGCCAGCCCUCCACAGCAGCACACAGCCGAACAAGCAGCCUGUCAGCAGAACGCUGGUCCCUCUAACGGACACCGUGACUCCAGAAAGCCCAUGUCGCUAAGAGAUGAUGAUGAUGAGGAUGAAGACGAUGAAGACUCCAGGCCACAGGCUAAAGUCAAGCGCAGUCACGAGCAGGACGAGGAGGAGCUCCCGCAGCUCACCCCCCAGGAAGCCUGGACCGAGCUCGGACUGAGACACGACCCGGACCUGACGUUCGACAGUGUGGUGAGCUUCAGAGGAGGUCCAGGUUCUCUGCGCCAGAAGAAGUGGAGGAGGACGAAGAGGAGCGUCAACAAGCAUAUCAGGUUCCCAGAGACGGGGGAAACCACCACUCUGUUGCAGAGCAGCCGCUCCGUUCAGAAGGUUCAGAGUUUUCUGGAGAAAGUCCAGGAGGAGGUGCAGAGAAACCAGACGGACCUCACAGAGGGAGGGGCAGCAGUGGACAAACCUCCACCUGUAAAUGAAGGAGAGGAGUCCAGAAGCACUGAGAUGAAGAGAGCCAGGAGAGAACAGCAGGAAGCUGCUGAAGAAGACUACUCCAGUUCAGACGAAUCCACGUUGAAGCAUGAGCAGCACAGAUUCACCGCCAGCUUCGGCACAAAGGCAGCAGAGAGGGACAUGGAGGAGGAAGAGGAGGAGGUGGAGCCUCCCGGACGACAGAUGCUCAAUCUCCAAAUACCAGACUUUCUGCAGUCAGAUGCUCCUGGAGAUCCUAAAGAGAAGGUGAAGAAGCCCAAGAAGAGGAGUAAGCGCCGGAAGAGGCAGCAGAUCCCAGCGGAGGUGGAGGCAGACUCGGAACUGGCCAAGUACUGGGCCCAGCGGUACCGCCUGUUCUCCCGCUUUGAUGAAGGCAUCAGGCUGGACCGAGAGGGCUGGUUCUCUGUGACCCCAGAGAAGAUUGCUGAGCACAUCGCCCUGCGGGUGAAGCACAGCUUCCCCACCUCAGAGCUGAUCAUUGACGCCUUCUGUGGCGUGGGAGGAAACACCAUCCAGUUCGCUCUCACCGGCAAGAGAGUCCUGGCGGUGGAUAUCGACGCAGUGAAGCUGGACUUGGCUCGACACAACGCAGAGGUUUACGGCGUGGCGCAGCACAUCGACUUCCUGCAGGGGGACUUCCUUCAGCUGGCCCCUCGUCUCCGUGGUGACGUGGUCUUUCUGUCUCCACCAUGGGGCGGUCCAAACUACCUCACAGCGGACGUUUUUGACAUCCGGACCAUGAUGGAGCCUGAUGGAUUUGAGAUUUUCAGCCGGGCCAAGCAGAUCUCUGAAAACAUCGUGUACUUCCUGCCUCGGAACGCCAACAUGGACCAGGUGGUCUCUCUGGCAGGUCCAGGAGGCUUGGUGGAGGUGGAGCAGAACUUCUUGAACAACAAGCUGAAGACCGUCACUGCUUACUUUGGAAACUUAAUCCAAUCAGACAGUGCUGGUCCUGGAUAAAUAAUUUGUUUUCAUUGUCCUCCACAAGAUCAGUAUGAUCUUUAUGGUCCUGAUAACUCUUUACAGCAGGAGUCUACAUACUAGAGUUCAGUGUUUGACUCUCAGAUGUUGUUUGUGUUUACCUUUUUAUGAACGUAUAUUUUUAUACUGUUUUUUUUUGGACUGAAUAAAUAAUUUUAACAUGUUUUUAAGUGAUAUAUAGACCUGCUGAUUGACGACAUCUCCUUAUCAAUUUACAAAACAAGACUAAAAAACAGACUUUUACCAAAAUACAUGGAGCAAUCUUAUUUCUAAAUUUACUGCUUAGAUCCACAAUCAUGUAGAAUAAGGACAAAAAUGUAAACUUUGCUUUUGGCUUCUUUCACUCUCUGCACAUUCGUUUUAUCAAUUUAACUCGAACAAUUUUAUCCUCUGUUCUCCUUUGUAGUUUAUCCUUAUAAGUUGCAGAUUUGAUUUGUACGAAAUAAAUGAAUAAUGUGGAUAAA